AUGUUCCCUCAGCGCAACCUUGGUCGCCUUUCUCAGCGUGUUUCGCAGCAGAUGCGUUCCGCUCCGGUCCGCUCCACCAUCCAGCGCCGUUUCAACAGCGCCGAGGCCAAGCCUUCUUGGAUCGUCGACAACGAAUUCAACCGCGAGAGAGCUGCCGUCAAGCACCAUGCUGCCUCUACCAGUGACCUCUGGCGCAAGCUGUCCAUCUUUGCCGUGAUUCCCUGCCUCAUUGGUGGCGGUCUCAACGCCUACAACCUCUGGUCCGAGCACUGGGAGCACUGGGAGCACAUGGCCCCGCUCGAGGAGCGUACCGAGUACCCUUACCAGAACAUUCGUGUGAAGAACUUCCCCUGGGGAGACGGCGAUAAGACCAUCUUCUGGAACUCCGAUGUCAACUACCACAACAAGGACAAGGCUACCUAA